UUCCUCUGAAUAAUCCAAUAUGGUAAGGAAUCGUAUACUACAAAAAGGCAAAAAAAAAAUAGUGAUUAUCAAUAGGAAAGAGACGAAAUAAAGAUAAACGAUCAAUACAUAUAUAUAUGAAUGGAUGGAUGGAUGGAUGGAUAGAUGGAUGGAUGAAUGAAUUAAAACGACUCAAACAACAAAACAUGAAAUUCCCAGCAGGAAAUAAAGAACAUCCUAUCGACUCAACCUUCUUUUUUUUUUAAUGGACAAUUCAUUAGGCUAAGAAGGACGUUGCUGCUAAGCCUAGCUCCUCUUCUGGAGGAAAGAAAGCCAAGAAGAAGUGGUCUGCCAAGAAGGUGAAGGAUAAGGCUAACAAUAUGGUUGUUUUGGACAAACCCACUUACGAACGUUUGUUUAAGGAAGUACCUACCUACAAGCUCAUCAGUCAAUCUGUUUUAGUUGAUCGUCUCAAGUUAAAUGGUUCUCUUGCUCGUGUCGCUCUCAAGGAACUCACUGCUCAAGGACUUAUCAAGCCUCUUACCAUUCACCAUGCUCAAGUUAUCUACACUCGUGUUACUGGUGAUGAAGACAAGAAGAAGGUUGCUGAUGAAGAAUAAACUAGUUUUACAAUUGUACAAAUCAUGAUAUAUUCAAAUAAAAGACUUGAUUGAUAGGUUUUUAUUUAAGUUUACUCGAUUUUU